UUCGGUUCAUUUUCCAAUAUACCAACUUUCCCAAUGAGAGUACUCUUCGCCUUCGUUGCCGUGUUUGUUGCCGCCGUGUGUGCCGAAAAUGCCACCACAACGGUCGCCCCUACUACAGUUGCCCCCACUACGGUCGUGCCCACUACGCGUACCCCCAAUACGACCGCCUCCACCACGAGUACCCCUACGACCACCGCAGCCACGACUGCCAACGUGACUACAGUCCCAGUGAUAACGACCAAGGCCCCGACGACGACUGUGGAACCCACUACGGAAGCCCCUGCCAACACCACGGCACCUGCUACUACUUUAGAGGUCACCACAGUCGUCCCAACCACCACCAAGUCCUCUGUGAACGCCUCAAUCAUUGUCCCUGACUCGUCCACCAAUACCACCAACACUUCUGUCAUCCAGUCCCCCGAUGCUGUACUCGAAACGGAUGCUCCUUUCCCCACGGACCCUGAAACUCUUGAACCUAUCACCGCCAAGCCCACCACGGCGAGGCCCACCACCACCGCCCCGUCUUCCGCCGCCGCCACCGCUACCGUGUCGGCCGUUGUUGCAGUGUCGUUGGCCGCUGCUCUGCUUUAAAUACAUAGCUUGAAACUUCACGUCGUUCGACCGGUUUGGAUGAAGGAUCACAACGAACGACGAAAGUGUGUCGUUUACAGAUAAUUCCGACAUAUAUUGAAGUAUUUGACCAAA